ACCUGGGCCUGAUCCCUGGGACAAGGAUGGUGGGUGCAAAGGCUGUUACAGGCCCCAGCACCUCCCUCAGCCUGGCACAACGCACUAAAGUCAGAAGUGUCAUGGUGAAUCCUCCCUUCUACCAGGUGUCCUCUUGUGGGCCUGUUCCCUGUACCUGCUGCUGCCAUUCUAGAUGGCCCCUUGUCACAGAGUCUACUUGUAGCCGUCUGGUCUACAUCCUCCUCCAUGUGGGGUCCUCAGCAGUCUGCUGCCUCCUGCUGUCAAGGACAGUAGUGGAAAGGGUCUGGGGGAAGGCAUAUGGGGUAAGUGGGAGGGUUCAGGUUCCAACAGGAGAAAGGGAAAAAGAAGAAACCUUCAGACAAAAGAUUCAGAUUGGGGAUAGGGGACAAGUGAAUGGAUAUACCCUGAGAAGCAGGUACCUCUCUAUACAUGAUGAUUUGCCCUGCCAUUUCUCACAUGCACUCUCCCUCCAGAUCCACAUGCCCUCAGGGUUGUGUGCCCAUCUGUUUGGCCACCCUCACUGCCCAGUGCUCAGUGGCUCUGGAGCUGUGUACCGAGUAUGUGCAGGAACUGCCACCUUCCACUUGCUGCAGGCUGUGCUGCUAGUGCAGCUCCACUCCCCCACUAGUCUAUGUGCACAGCUCCAUAAUAGCUUCUGGCUCCUCAAACUGCUGUUCCUGCUAGGUCUCUGUGCUGUUGCCUUCUGCAUCCCGGAUGAGCAUCUCUUCCCAGCCUGGCAUUACAUUGGCAUCUGUGGAGGCUUCACAUUCAUCCUGCUGCAGUUGGUGCUUAUCACAGCCUUUGCCCAUUCCUGGAACAAAAAUUGGCAGACUGGUGCAGCCCAAGACUGCCACUGGUUCCUAGCUGUACUGCUGGCCACCCUGGGAUUCUACAGCAUGGCAGGUGUGGCAGCUGUGCUCCUGUACCGCCACUACACACACCCAGCUGGCUGCCUGCUCAACAAGAUGCUGCUUGGUCUACACCUUUGUUUCUGUGGCUCCUUCCUCUCCAUCACUCCCUGCAUCCGCCUCAAGCAACCCCGUUCUGGCCUUCUACAAGCCUCCAUCAUCAGCUGCUGUAUCAUGUACCUGACUUUCUCUGCACUGUCCAGCCGUCCUCCAGAGAGUGUAAUCCUUCAAGGACAAAAUCACACUUUGUGCUUGACUGGCCUGAGUAAAAUGGAAUCGCAACCAGAUACUUCUCUGGCAGUGCUAAGUGCUGGCAUCAUGUAUAUUUGUGUCCUUUUUGCUUGCAAUGAGGCUUCCUACCUGGCUGAGGUAUUUGGACCCCUAUGGACUGUCAAGGUUUACAGCUAUGAGUUCCAGAAAAGCCCUCAAUGUUUCUGCUGCCCUGAAACAGUGAAACCAAAGGAAGGACAGAGGGGUAGAGCUGCCAGGCCAGCUGACCAAGAGACCUCUCCAGCUCCUCCAGUGCAAGCCCAGCAUCUCUCCUACAGCUAUUCUGCCUUCCAUUUUGUCUUCUUCCUUGCAUCACUCUAUGUCAUGGUUACCCUUACCAACUGGUUCAGCUAUGAGGGAGCAGAACUGGAAAAGACCUUCAUCAAGGGUAGCUGAGCUACCUUCUGGGUCAAGGUUGCCUCGUGCUGGGCCUGUGUACUCCUCUAUCUUGGGCUUCUACUGGUACCACUCUGUUGGUCCCCCACCCAGGACUCCCAGCCACCUCCUACUUUCAGGCGACACUGCCAUCGCAUAAAUACUGCAAGAUAA